AUGCGCAUCUGCCAAGUCUCCGGUGCUGUAGUCGCAGAAGUGGAUGACGAGGAAUUCUGUCACAUUCUGGGGCUCGGUGGAACCAUCAAGGCAUUGAAACAAUGUCUGGCGGCUCGGACAGGUUUCUCCCGAUUUCGUCAAAGGCUCUUAGCUGAGAGCGGCGAACUGCACGAUGAUAUGCCUUUGAGCAAAUGGCCUGAGUUGCAGUUGGUGAUCUUGGAGAGGGCUGACUCAGACUUCAUCCUGGCAUGUUCUACUAACCGUCUCGCUGAAGUUGAACGAAUGCUACACCGUCCGCAGAACCCUAACACGAUUGAGCAGCCAGAGGAGGGCGGCUCCUGCUGGGCAUUCAUCGCUGCUGCCUCCAAUGGCUGGUUGGACGUGAUAAACUUGUUGUUGCCUGGAGCGUGUGUCAUCGGGGACUCCCGUAUUCAAUGGGCACAAGCCAAUCUGGGAGUGAGCAACAGCUCUGAUGCCUGGACUGCUUUGCACUGGGCCGCCCGAUUUGAUCACCUGGAGCUGGCGCGAUGCUUAGUCCAGGCACAAGCCGACUUAGAGGCGAAAGAUUUGGAGGAACAGACGGCUUUACACGUGGCAGCGACCGAAGACAGCUGGGAGGUGACCAAGUACUUGGUCGAAGCAGGCGCCGACAUUGAGGUCCUGGAGGUCGACGAUUGGACGCCCUUACACUGCUCAGCUCGAAGUGGCUCUGUGGCAGUGGCCAAAUACUUGGUUGCAGUUGGAGCGAACACGGAGGCGACUGAUUGCGACGGGUGGACACCCUUGCAUUUGGCUGCUGAGAACUCUUGCCUGGAACUGGUGUGUUUCUUGAUCGAAGCAGGAGCCAAUAAAGAUGCCGUCACCGAGCGACAUGCUUUGACCCCGUUGCAUUUGGCAGCAGACCACGGCGCCUUGCAGAUGGUGCGGUACUUGGUCACUGCUGGAGCCAAGAGAAAUGCCAAGAAUAUUGAGGGUCGAACGCCCAAAGACUUGGCAGCUUCAAUUGCCAACUGGGAUGUGGUGAGAGUUUUGGAUGAACCGGAUGUAGAUCAUCCCCUAUCUUCCCGGAAGUGUGUGCUUGGGAUGUUGGAGAACUCCAAUGAUUAA